GAAUCAGUGAAAGUUAUCUAAGAUGACUUUUGGGUUAAUAAUUCCUGAUACUGUCAAAACUAUCGGCUUUAAAGCAAUUUUUCUUUUCUUUUUUUUAAAUUUUUGGGCAAAAGUAAUUGGGACUUGCAUAUGCACCAUUUUUGAAUGUGAUGCUGAGAAGUGGAAUCGAUUCAUCAAAAUUUUUCAAAGGUUGAAGUGGUUGGCAGUUCUGAAUUGCUUUCAACUUUUUUAUGCUUGCCAGUUGUUCUGGUUUACUUAUCCCUGUCUUUGAUACUUAGGAUAACUUAGGAUAAGAAAAGCGCAACCUCAUAAGAUUGUGAAUAUAUACCUUGUGUCUCCUACGCUUUUCCUAGACUAGAUUGGGCAUGUCUUAAUGAGCUUGGAAUAUUAUAGGGGUAGCAGUUCAAUUUGAAGAAAAAAUAAUAUGAGAAAUUGUUUCUUCCAACGAGCUAGAGAAAUUGUUUCUUGAAGUAUUAGUUUCAUGGUUGAAAACUUUAUUUAUGUAAUCUAGUUCAUGCACCAAGUUUGCAAAUGCUGCUGCUGUGUGGUAAUUUGAGAUGAGCAAUGAAUGUGUAAAGGUGCUUUCUAUGUUCACAGCCUCCCAUCAUGAUGGGAAGCUCAAGCUCAGUGUUCUUUUUAAUGAUACAGAUUCAAAGUUUAUACUAAACCAAAUAAAAAUUUUGGAUGUGACCUGCAUGGUGUAUCCUGGUCGGUUGUCUAUGCUGCUAACAUGUUGUCCUCCCAGUUAUUUCUUACAGAAAAAUACCACCUCAACACCAAAUGAUAAGAACUUCAUUUCUCAGUGCCCUCCUAUUACUUCCAUGUGAAUCAAUUUGUUUUUUUUUUUUUUAUUUGGUUGCUAUAGGAGGAGUAAACAUGGGGAUUGUAGUCUUUGCAUGUGAGAAAGGGAUCUUGCUCUUCUGUUUAUUUUAUUUGCCAAUUCAUGGUUUAGUAAGAAAGAGGAUCAGUUUGUGCUUUCUUGAGUGGGUUAUAUUUCUGCAGGUACUCCUUGGACGGAAGAGGAACAUAGGAUGUUCUUAAUUGGUUUGCAGAAGCUUGGUAAAGGUGAUUGGCGUGGAAUCUCUCGUAAUUAUGUUAUAUCAAGGACUCCUACUCAAGUGGCCAGCCACGCUCAGAAAUAUUUCAUUAGGCAAUCCAAUGUUUCUAGGAGAAAAAGACGUUCAAGCCUCUUUGAUAUCGUAGCAGAUGAAGUUAGUGUUCUUUCUCUUUUGAUCCAUCAAUUUACAUACCUUGAACGCAUGAAUUGAUGUACAUUGUUCACUGGCCCCUGAUGCAGGA